CCACGACAUCCAAUGCAUAGGAGACCCGCAGACAAGGCAAAAAACAAGAAUCAACGAAUGCUGGGGCUUGGAAACACUUGCCCUGAAGAAGCGGACGCCCAGAGGCGGAACAGACCAACAACGCAUGCUGUUCCCGCCCGAUGAUCUGCACAGCCCGUCACCGUCCGCAGGCAAAGUACCCCAACUAGUGUUCCAAAUGCUAACAAGUACAUGCUACAGCAGAGUUGCCCAAGACACACCUAAGCAAUCCCAACAAGAAUCACUGUCGAAGUCGCCGAGAUAUGGAGGCUUGGCCCCGAGGAGCUGACACUUGGGUGGCGUGCGUGGAUGGUAGCAUGGCACGCACGGCCAUGUCUGUCUGUCCCCGCUAAUGCCUCUAUGGACUUUAGGCGCUCCGCGGCUUUCGGAGCAGGGUUUAUUUGCUUCAGUGUUGUCCUAUGUCCCCAGAGGCCAAGGCAUCCUCGGUCACGCGCAAAACGUCGCCCAGCCUUGGAGUCCAAUGCCCAAGCACCUCUCUUACGACGCAUGCCCUUUCAGCGAGCCACCAUAUUGUGCAUCGCCUAAAAGAUGUGACGAUGAAUCCGGGCAAGAGUGUGUUUAUGGGAUAAAUCAAGCCUACAGUGCAGACAUCUUUCUUCAUCAUGCUCUCCGGUCCAUACAAUCUCUCCGUAUCUCAGACUCAAAGCCACGAGCGAGUCUAUCAAAAUGCCGAGGACAAUCCUUCGAAACAACGAGGAGGGGAUAUUCGUCAAGAUCUAUAAGCAAAGAUCCACCUUUUUCCCGGGAGACACUCUGUCUGGCCAUGUGAUUGUGUCUGAUUCCCAAUCUCAGCAUGACCCAACGACCAAGGUCAAGAUCAGGCUCUUCGGUCGCGCAAAGUCAGAAAGGAUCGUACAGCGGAAAGCCACCAAGGUGGUUUCUAGAGGAAAUGCGGUCUUCUUCGAGGAGCAACAGACCCUGGAGAUGAAAUCCACCACUUCCACACCUCACUGGCCAUUCUCUAUCACUAUUCCCAGAAACCCCAAACCAGGAUUCGGUGCUCGAGGUGACGAGUUCCCACCUGGGGUUUCCUAUAAGGCGACACUCGAGAGUGCAAGUGGCCCGGAAAGGGAUGUUGCAAGCGACGACUUGCCAUCGAGUGUCUAUCUCUACCACGAGUCACCCAUGACAUGGACCAACAUCGAGGGUGUGAUUGAGUAUGUUCUCGUGGCGCAGAUGGACGAUCGCAUCGCCGAAAUACCUCUUUACGUCCGUCAGCCCUCAAUUUUCACACCUAUCAUGGACUUUCAGAUGCACACACGAGCAUUCAUGCAAGUAAUCAAAACCUCCAACCUCGUACCUCGACCCGCGAACCGAGAUCCCAAAUCAACUGCCAUGUCAGCUUUGUCUCGACGGCCACGCUAUCUAUACUAUGUCAAAGUUGAGUAUCCACGGGUCAUUCAGCUUGAGCACCCUGAACCAUUUCCCAUGAAGAUCUUUCUAGUUCCUGACCUUGGCGGACAAAACACCACCAUAUGCCGCGAUGGAAAUAUUGGAGCUCUUCCUCCCGUUGAGGUGACAUCGAUGGAACUCAAACUCUCAAGCGAGUUCAACAUCCGAUGCCCAGGAACAGUGUGGGAGUCGUCAUUAUCCAAGAGCGACUCAUUUGUCUUUCACUUCAGUGGUAAAUCCGAACCUACAGUUGUCCCUGUCGACUAUGGGGUCAGUGAGGCCUACUUCACACCCCAAAGGCGCGACCGGUACGGCCGACUCAACACCCCAGUCACACCUCUGGGGUCUCCUGAUGCCUUGCAUCUUGGUCGAUUGUUCUCUAUCUACUUGGGCUGUUCCGCCACUUCGACCAUGGACAAUCCUCCUGUGUCAUUCAAACGACAGAUGCAUCCUUCCUUCUCCACCUACAACAUCUCCUUGGAAUACCGACUACACUGGAAGAUCAAUCUAGUAUGUGCAGGAGAAGCUCACUCAGUGGCCACUGAAACUCCAAUUACAGUCCUUGCCACCAGUGAGGAGCAAGAGGCUUUGAAGAUGAGCGGGACGGAUAUGCUCGGACUUAGCCGCACGAAAUCCGACCCUUUAAGCACUGAUGUUGCCACUCUUCAAUUUAUCGGUCGUUUUCUGAGGGAUGUGCCAUGCUAAGAGUGUCGAUGGAUUCAUUGACUCUUCGUCCGAGAGCGCCGAAAACGAACAGUCAAACAGUCUGUAGAAAAGCCAAGCAAACAUACUAAUGAGCUUCCC